UUCCCCCGCACCACCUGCCAUAAAAGGAAUUAAUACCCAUGCGCCUUCGAUGCAACGUCAUCCCAGCUCCAUCCAGGUUCUCAUUUCCUCCCCAGUUCACCCCAACCUUGCACAAUCACCGGUUAUAUACCAGACCGGCAAACACUCCAUCGUCUGUUGAAAUCGACGAAUAGAAUAUCAUUAGACCAACAACAGACGAUAUUGUUCCACACAUUUCCUACCGCCUAUCAUGACCCCUACCCCAACACCAAAAGAGGUGCUGGCAACCCUCAGUGAAACCGACAUCCGCACCCCAAUCCCUCCCUCUGCCCUGCUGUCCACAAUCUCAUCCCCGCCCUUCGUCGCCCUCCCAGGCACCUUCAACACCCGAGAUCUCGGCCUUAUCCCAUCCAGCACCCUCCGGCCAUCCCUCGUCUACCGCUCCGGCGCCCUCAGCCACCUGGCGGCGACGCCCGACGGGCCCACCGUCCUGGCCACCGGCCUGGGCGUCAAGCACGUCUUUGACCUGAGGUCCGAGCGGGAGCACCAUGCAGACCCGGAUCCGGAAGUGCCGGGGGUCAGGAACUCGUGGCUUCCCACGGCGGACAAGGAUGCCAGCCUCGACCUGGCAGAUUUUGUCGACGGCGAGGGCGAGGCCGGAUACGUCAAGAUGUACCUCGACGUCUUGAACGUGUACCGCGAGCCCUUCAAGGCCGUGCUCGAGCACAUCCGUGACGUUCCGGAUGAGCCGCUGUUGUUUCAUUGCACAGCUGGCCGAGACCGCACCGGUGUUCUGUCCGGCCUGAUCAUGUCCCUGGCCGGGCAGGACCCUGAAGUCGUAGCCUUUGACUUUAUGUUGUCCCGUAUUGGCAAGGAGCCGGCGCGUGAGAUGCUGCUCGCUUUUGUCAUGAAGUCGACGGGAGCUGCAGACCUAGAGGCUCCUGGCUUAUACAACCUCGUCAGCCUCAGGAGGUCUUGUUGGGAUGCCUUUGUCAACGAGGUGCAGCAGAAGUACGGUGGCUUUGAUGGCUACGCGCGUUCCGUCUUGGGUUUCACCGAUCAUGACCUUGGCCUUAUAAAGAAGAAUCUAGUACUGGAACGAAAGCCUUGAGCAUGAGAUAGAGACAAGGCAGAGAAUAAGAAUUCGAGUCUUCCGAUUCGUCAACCUAGUGACUCGACCUACAUAGUAACGUGCAGGCUUUCCUUUGUACGCCAUGUGUAUUACCUUGAUUAGAUUGUACGCGGUACAGGGCGUCAUCCUAUGUGUACUACCAAUGCCUCGCCUCGGUGCCAGCUUGUCCGUAUCAGAUCCAGUCUUAGUCCUUCUGUUAUUUGCAUGAAAAAAGAAAGCGGAUUGUGUAGAAACCGGUCAGUAUAACGAGAAGAGAGUCUCUAAACUGUUGCAUUAUACUCGGACAACUAGAUCUUCGUGUUAAUACACAUUCGAUUUCCUUCAAGA